GAUUGACCUAGAGCAAACCAACUUUUACAAAUAUAAAAUGUAUUUACGUGUCUUGUGAUGAGCAAAAACUGGAGGUUUUUCGUAGAAGACAAUGAUCUUGUACAUAUCAUUUUACAGGUUUCGUAAUUAUAAUGGAAAAUAUUUUAUAUGAAAGCUAUGUACAAAAGGUGUCUUGGAUAUUUGCAAUUGCGACGCUAUUCUUCAAAUGCAGCGGCUACCUUCUCCCGCGAAUCCCCGGAUGUUAAACCGUUUAAAGAAAUUCCAGGAGCUACUGGAAAAUUUACAAUACCAUAUUACAUUGGUAACACAUUCCUCUUAAAAUCUCUGGGUUGCUCAGAAUACCCAGUCGAUUUGAAAAAGUUAAUGACUGGAAUUCAUAAAAGAUACGGUGAUAUUGCGAGAAUAAGGACUACUACAAACAAAUGGGGAGUGUUUCUUUUUCAUCCAGAUUUUGCAAAAGAGGUUCUAGAGAUACAAAUAAGAAAUCCCUUCCGUCCGCCCAUUGAUAUCCUUCGAAUUUAUAACGAAAAAGAAAAUCUCAGUCAAAGUUUGGCAACGUUGAAUGGCGAAGAGUGGGCCAAGCUUCGCAAACCGUCACAGGAACUGAUACUGAGACCAGUCGCUGUGUCUGCAUAUGUUGGAAGUCUGUCCAAAGUGGCAGACGAUUUUGUAGAGAAAUAUAUUCAUGGCGGAUAAUAGAUGACCUCCG